AUGCCUAUUAACGAGAACAAGGAGAACGAUCUGGUGCUGAAUUUGCCUGAAAGCGGCGGUGUGUCUUUUCCUCAGACGCCGGCACACUUGUUGAAGAGAAGUCAGUCUGCUAUGAUGAAACCUUCUGGAGAAGAGAACCCCUCGAAUUUGACAUACCGGGAUUGUGAUGCACCAGUGAAGAGAGCUUCUCCAUCAAGGAGAGUACAGCAGGGAAGACCACCGUUGGCUUCUAAGGAUAACAAUCGAUCCACUGGGUUUCUGCCCCAGCUACAAAAACUGCAACAGCAGCCAUCGUUAAAAAGGAACUUAAGUCAGUCGAAGAAGCGAAAUGCUAAUGUUGUAGAUGGCCAGUUGCUCACUAACCCUAGGAGGCUUAAAAAAUAUGGAUCUGUGUUGGGUUACAAUGCUCUGCCCAAGAUGAAAAGCUUGGUGCUGAAGGAUGUGGAUCAAGUAGGAGAGCAAGGAGAAGAUGAGAAUGACGAUGAGGAUGAAGACCAUAUUCUAAGAUUAAAAUUACACAACGCUAUCGAUCGAUCCGAUGAGGAAGGUGAAGAAGUUGGUGGACUAUUUGAUAAGAGUGGAUUACUACACCUAGUACGAGAUUCCAAGAAGGAUGAGGAUGAUUGGGAGGAUAGAGAAAUAGAAUAUGGACCUCAAAGGCAUGAACCCCUCCCUUAUAUACCCGAGGGCCACCUGUCACUCGCACAAGAGGAUUAUGAUAAGCUUAAAACGUUUAGGUCUCCAUAUCUCAUAGAGGAUGAUUAUUCCGAUAGCGAUGAUGAUAAGCAAGAUGGAUUUCUACAACUUGAAGAGAUCGGUAGCGCAGGAGAUGACGAAAAUAUUGAGAGAGAGAAUCUCACUGUUAAACAACGAGAAAUGUUACCGCAAUAUGACACAUUCGAGAUUCAACCUAGUUACUGUGGGGAAGGUCUAGAUGCGAGUGAUUUAAAUGAUCUUUUGAAAGAUUAA